AGUGGAGCUGAAAUCUUUCUCUUCAGAAAACAGAAACACUGGUAAGUUUAAGGAACUAGCUGCAUUUUUAGUGUAUUUAUCCAGCCAUUCCCUAGCCUUCGAUUGAAUCUAUCUGAGCUGAAAAAAGCUUCCUUCAAUGGCGACGCAGUGUGUGACCAAAGUGGAACUCACAGUCUCCUGUGAAAACCUUUUGGACAAGGAUGUGACCUCGAAGUCUGACCCCCUGUGUGUUCUGCUAGUGAAUUCAUCAGGAAAUCACUGGUUUGAGGUGGGACGCACAGAGAAAAUUCAAAAUUGCCUGAAUCCUAAAUUUGCCAAGAAGUUCCUCAUCGAUUAUCAAUUUGAAAUUGUACAGAAACUUAGAUUUGGUAUUUAUGAUAUUGACAACAAAACCAUUGAUCUGAGCGACGAUGACUUUCUUGGGGAGUUGGAGUGUACCUUGGGUCAGAUUGUGUCCAGUGGAAAGCUGACCAGACCACUGAUCUUGAAGAAUAAAAGACCAGCAGGAAAAGGAACUAUUACGAUCAUUGCAGAGGAAAUCAAGGAUAAUAGGGUGGUGAAUUUUGAAGUUGAGGCCAGAAAACUGGAUAAAAAGGAUUUCUUUGGAAAAUCUGACCCCUACCUGGAAUUCUUCAGGCAAUCGGACUCAGGGUGGCAGCUUGCCCACAGAACUGAGGUGGUGAAGAAUAACCUUAACCCUUGCUGGAGACCAUUUAAAAUCCCUCUGCGGUCUCUCUGUGGAGGAGAUAUGGAGAAACCCAUCAAGGUGGAAUGUUAUGACUAUGACAACGACGGGUCACAUGACCUUAUUGGGAUUUUCGAGACCAAUAUGAAACGCCUACAGGAAGCUACACGCAUGUCUCCGGCAGAGUUUGACUGUGUGAACAUAAAGAAACAACAGAAGAAGAAGAACUAUAAGAAUUCUGGUGUUGUGAGUGUAAAACUCUGCCAGGUUGUGAAGGAGUACACAUUUUUGGAUUAUAUCAUGGGUGGCUGCCAGAUUAAUUUCAUUGUUGGAGUGGACUUCACAGGGUCAAAUGGUGAUCCAAAGUCUCCUGACUCUUUGCAUUACAUCAGUCCCAAUGGGGUCAAUGAGUACCUUUCUGCUAUCUGGUCUGUUGGCUUGGUAAUUCAGGAUUAUGACAGUGACAAAUUGUUCCCAGCUUUUGGGUUUGGAGCACAGGUCCCCCCAAAUUGGCAGGUGUCUCACGAGUUUCCACUUAACUUUAACCCAGCUAAUCCAUUCUGUGUUGGAGUAGAGGGCAUGGUGGAAGCUUACAGGUCAUGUCUGCCCCAGGUCAAACUGUAUGGGCCCACAAAUUUUGCUCCCAUUAUCAGACAUGUGAGCAACUUUGCCCAGCAGGCAAAACAGCAGAACACAGCUAAUCAAUACUUUGUUCUGCUCAUUAUCACGGACGGCGUGAUCACAGACAUGGAUCAGACCCGAGCUGCCAUUGUAGCUGCUUCCCAUUUACCCAUGUCCAUCAUAAUUGUGGGCGUGGGCGGGGCUGACUUCACUGAUAUGGAGAUCCUGGAUGGUGACGAUGGACGUUUAAAAUCUCCAUCUGGAGAGCCAGCCAUACGGGACAUUGUGCAGUUUGUGCCUUACAGAAAGUUCCAGAAUGGUCCUAAAGAGGCAUUGGCACAAAGUGUUCUGGCAGAGGUUCCUGGUCAGGUUGUUAAUUUCUUCAACAUGCUGAAGCUCAGCCCUCUUAAUUCAAGUACCCCUGUAGCUGAUUCUGCUGAGCAAAAAUUAAGCUAAAUGCUUCAUGCUGCUUUUGCAUCAACCUGUAAGAGACCUCAUCAGCUACAGUCCAUGCUUUAGUCCUGUACAGCAUGCUGGACUCUUGCUAAAUGAGUUACUCUAAGAAUGUAUAUUAUUAGAUCUAUAGUCUAUGCUAACUUACCAUUUUAAAAGAGCAGCUCUUUACACAUUAUUUGGUGUAAAGCAUUUUAAUAUCUAUUGGUAACAGGUGUUUAUAUUAAUUGGAUAGUCCACUUCAUAGAUUUACACUUUAGAUUUACUAAAAAAAAAAAAAAGUAUACUUCAUGCUUAAUGGAAAUCAAUAGUAGUUGCAAGCUUCAGGCAGUGCAAUUUGAAAAGAACAGACUGCACAAUACAUAAAAAUUACCACUCCAAAAUGGAUCUGAAUGACUUUCCUACUUUUUGAAGCAUUUUAUUUUAGGAAAGCAAAUAAAAACUGUGGAAAGAUUCGUCUCUGCUGCAGAAAAAAGAUUUGGAAAUCUGCACUGUUAUUUUUUUUUUUAUUAUUAUUUGUUUUUAUUUUCCUCUCUCCUCAAUUUUUCAUUUAUACCAGAUAACUUUCCACCACUACAAGCACCUGAAAACAAUAGUUACGUGUGCUUUCAGUCAUGUGAAUGAACACAAUGGAAGUUUAUUUAAAACAGAAUAUGUUUUUGCAGCAAUCAAAUGCUCUGAGUUGCUCUUUAAUGAACCAGACACAGAAUCAGUAGUAUCCUGUAACCAAGGUAAUGUUCACAUUACAGAAUUGAAGUGUCCCAAGUGCUACUUUUGCGUAAACCUGACACAGAAAUUUGUGUAACCCAAAAGACAGAUGUUUUUACUCUGAUUUGGUCACAUUUUGUUUUCAGGUAUGUGCUGCAGUUUGCUAUUCCUAGUUUACACCCUUGCAUACAAAUGCAAAUGUGAACUGAAAGGAAAAAGAAAAAUCUGAAUUGAGGACUAAAAUUCCUAAUGUGAACAAAGCCUAAGCGCAUGUUUACACAUACUGGUUUAAAUGUGUAUAUUUUUUUUUAUCUAUUUUUGGUUACCUUGAAUACUGUUUUCUGCCUUAUACAUCAGGUUGCAGCAAUGCUACAACAAUUAUUAUUCAGACUGGGUAUAUUUUUUAUAUGUUAUAAAUUAAUUUAGAAGAUUUUCUUUAAUUUGUCACAGUUUACAAAGUUGCUUUAAUGAAAAAAUACUUUAAUUGUUAAAUGUUGCUUUUAAAUAGUUAGACUAACCAAGUGCCAUAAUGUUAAUCUCACAGUUUGCUGUAAUUGUUUAUAGCAUGUGAUUGGGCAUAGAGUGGCAUAAUUGGCAGUGUUGCCCCCCUCACAACAGGAUUCCUGGUUUGAUUCUAUGCUUAGGUUAAUAUUUGUUUGUCUGCUGGGUUUGUUCCAGUUUCCUUUUAACGACCAACAGAUAUACCACUAUGUCAAUUGGCUAUGCUUAUUUGCCUCUAGAUACAAAUAAGUGUAACUGUUGAUUACUCUUAAAAAUAAUUUCUGCACUUUCUCAUUUUGACUUUACAGUGCAAGGAAUUAUUAGAUUUCAAAUGGGUCGUAUUUGUCUUUGGAUGGUCACUGUGGUAAAACAAGGUUUAACAAUUAUGCCUGUAUUCCAGUUUAAUGACUGGCAAUCUUUAACCGAUUUUAAAGGAUUUAGGAUUUUUUGAAUAAGCCAUAUAGUGACUCUAAGCCAUAUUACAGUAUUAAUGAACUGAUACCAGUUUUAAUAAUCGCUAUUUAAAUUUAACUAUGCAUACCUCCAUGUUUAGUUGUGAUUCAAUCACUUUGCUUAGAUACUUAGAUAGUCGGGUUUUUUGUGUUGUUUAAUGUUUUUAAAACAUGGAGUUUGGUCUAAAAAAUGUCAAAGCAAUUGUUAGAAAACAAUAAUGCAAAUUCUGAUUAAUUUUGAUUGAUGCAAAAGAUGGCCAACACUAAAAGAAUUGAUUUACACAGUGUGACUUUAUCUGUUGUGUUGCUUCAUUAUAUGUUGCUUGCAUUUUGUACCUGACUGUCUCACUGUGUAUGGAAACUGUGUAUGUUUUUAGUUCAUUGUCAAAUUAAGAAUCCAUAUUAGAUUACCAUAAUAUUAAGCUUAUAUCAACACAUUUUAUUGCUUCUCUUAAAUUUUGAGUUUGUUUUGUUGCAUGUAAUUUGGUAAAUGCCUAAAUCUGUGUUCUGUCCUAAAUUCCAUUAAGAUAUUUACAAUCUCAGGAGUGAUUGAACUGGAAUGGUGCCAACUAUAUUGUUAUUGCACAAUGCUGUUAUUCCGCCACAGACAUAACCGGAAUGUACAUGACUGUUUGAACAGAAAUACUCUAUGCAUGUGUUGUGAUCAAUGCAUAAACUGUUAAAUGUA